AUGGAGGUAUCAUUAUCGAGAUUCCGGGGCGACGAAGGCGCGAAGAAAGCGGAUACCGUCAGAGAUAAGUUGCAGGAGAUCCUCGGUAAUGAGGCGACCAUUAUCAGGCCAGUUGCCAAAGGGGAGCUUAAUAUUACAGGUCUCGAUGAUUCUGUCACGGUCGAGAAGGUUAUUGACGUUGUUGCUGGUGUCGGCAAUUGUAGGUUAAACAGCGUUAAAGCCGGGUUAAUUCGACGCAUGACUAAUGGUCUGGGUGCUGUGUGGGUGCAGUGUCCCCUGUCCGCUGCGAUCGAAAUAUCUUCCCGCAACAAUAUUAAGAUUGAAUGGUCCACAGUUCGAGUGAAACUAUUGCAAGCAAAGCCUGUGCAAUGUUUCAGGUUUUGGCAAUUUGAGCAUGUUCGCAACACUUGUCCGUCGGAGGUGGACCGUAGCGGGCACUGUUUUAGGUGCGGCGGUGUAGGGCAUUUGGCGCGCGAUUGCUUCGCGGAUCCUAGGUGCGUUGUGUGUAUCGACCAAGGUAAAGCCGGUAACCAUCGUCUUGGCUCUGACAAGUGCCAGAUGAGCGGGAGUGAGGAAAGGCCGAGUCGACCUACUUGGAGAGACACACCGGCGUGGAGGGCUGGACCUGCAGUUCUUGAACUAUGA